GCGCUCACCUACCCCGCCAUUAUGACAGCCCUCUCAACCUACCCCAUCCUGCUGUAGAUUCCUUGAGGACCCCCGAAUGAGCUCUCACGUCCACGGCUGGCAACGUCCCCGAACAGCCCAGCGACCGCCAUGACCUCCGUCUUCUCCUCCCUCGUGCGGCCGCCCAAGUCGCGGCCUGGCUCAGCAAGCCAGACUGCCUCCGAAAGCCUCACCUCUUCAUGCCCCGCCUCCGAUGAUAUCGAAGACCCCAACCUGCGCGAGCUGAACGCCGCGCUCCAAGGCCUGACCGACAUCUUCCCCGACGUCCAGCCGGAAGUCUUCCGCGAGAUGCUCAACUCUUUCAGCGAGGAGAGCAGGCUACAGGUUGUCACUGAGGCGCUGCUGAAACACGGCGCGAAAUGGGUGCGCGGGCGGUACAGGAUGCCCGCGGAGGUGGAAGAGCAGCGGGCGGUGGCGCACGAAUACAAGUACCGGAAGGCAGAUGCCCAGGAGGAUACACGGGGUGCACCGCUCGCUCUGGAGGACAAAUUCAGGUCGCGCAGCUAUAAGGAAGCGGCCAAGGAGGCGCUGUAUCAUGAAUUCAAGGGCUUGAGUCAUUCUACGAUCAAGGCGGUGCUGGCCGAGUACAAUUGGAGCUAUACACAGGCGAGGCCUACGCUGCUGGUGCUGUCGAGCAAGAGCUGGCGAUCGAGCAUCACCAACUUCUUCAUGAGGAGGAAGCCGCCGAACCCAAAGGAUCACCCGCUCGUCAUGUGGCUGGCUGCGGACCCGAAGACCGGCCGUGGGAGGAAGCCGCUGCUAGUGAAGACGAAGAGUCGGGAGCUAGACCGAGAGCUGUACGAUACCUUGAUCGUGCCGGAGCUUGAGAGGCAGCGGCGAGAGCAGGUUCAGCAAGAUCUUGAGCUGGCUUUGAAGUGGAACGAAGAGGAGGCGGAAAAGGAAGGCGAGAUGUACGAUUGCGAAUGCUGCUUUAUUCCGAAUACGCUCCAGCAAAUGUCAACAUGCGACGUCGAGGGCCACUAUAUUUGUUUCCGCUGUAUACAGCACGCCAUCAAUGCGGCGCUAUACGACCAGGGCUGGGCGCGCAACAUCAACACCGACUUUUGCACGCUCAAGUGUAUUGCACCUGUGACGGACGGCAUCGAGGACUGCCCAGGCUGCGUACCGCGGCCAUUCAUCAAGCGCGCUCUGCUAGAAGAAAAGGACGGCGGGGACGCGUUCAAUAAGCUCAAUGAACGCCUUUCCGGCGAAACCCUCAUGAAAUCACAGCUCCCACUCAUCCGAUGCCCUUUCUGCCCGUACGCCGAAGUCGACGAUCUAGCGCUGCCGGAUACGGAUCUGCUUGCGACGCUGCGGGUGAAAAGGCGACCCCUCAUCCUAGCAUCCGUACCCGUCCUCGAGCUGCUCUGCUUCCAGGCCGCUCGUGUGGUCCUAUCGUUCCUUUUACUCUUCCUCUCCUUCGCAGUCCUCAUCAACUGCGCGCUCCCAAAACCACUUCCGCUAUUCGCUCCCUUCCAAUCCGCCCUCCGCCGCAUCCACCUCAAGCGCCGCGGUCUCCGCUUCCAAUGCCUCUCGCCAACCUGCAGCCGCACAUCCUGCCUCUCCUGUUCUGCGCCCUGGCACGAUCCGCAUACUUGCUACUCCAGCCAACUCACCUCGCUCCGCCUGACGCUCGAACGCGCAACCACCGACGCCGUCAAACGCACCUGCCCACAAUGCAAUCUCGGCUUCGUCAAGGCUGAAGGCUGCAACAAGCUCGUCUGCCUCUGCGGGUACUCCAUGUGCUACGUCUGUCGGGAAGGUCUGGCGGAACAGGGCUACAAGCACUUCUGUCAACAUUUCAGGGAGCGACCGGGUGAGGCGUGUAGGGAGUGUGAUAAGUGCGAUUUGUAUCGCGUGGAGGAUGAGGAUGCUGUUGUAAAGCGGGCAAGGGAGAGGGCGGAGAGGGAGUGGUGGGAGCAGCAGGGUGAGGGUGUGGGAGGGGGGUUGAAGAAGGAGGUCGGGAAGGGAGGCGCAGGGUUUGAUGGUCCGAAGGGGGCGUGGAUGAGGUGGAAGGACUGGGAGGCUGGGAUUGAGAGGCUGGUCGAGGCUGUUGUGGUGUGAGGGUGGUUUUGGACAUCCAUUCUCUCGUCUGAGGGAUAUCCACGGGGGAGGCGUCCGGUUUAGAUGCGAUAAGAUACCCCUUCAUUCUUCUUCCCGAUUGACUGCCGCAUUUGCCUUCUGCUGUUAAAAAGUCCUUCGCAAAAGUAGGCCUCAAAUCUCAACGAGGCUGUGGCAUCCUUCG